AAAAACCUAGUUAGUCGUUGUGUAUAGUUGCUUUGAAUUUAUUAUAGAAAAUUAGAAUCUUAAGUUUUCGUCGUAAAAAAAAUGGGAUUAAAUGAAAUGGUUUUGUCUCGGCAGGUGUGGGUGAUAAUAAAUAAUACAAGCCUGAAUAACAUUGUCGUUAUACUUACAGCGGUAAUAUUAUUUUUAGUAGUUCUUUAUUUUAAAAUUGUAAACUGGAGAUAUACAUCAUUGGCAAAACAAAUACCCGGUCCAAAUGGAUAUUUUUUUAUGGAUGGGUUACUUCUUUUACUUGGAGGAUCUGAAAAAAUGUUGAUGAAUAUAUUCAACAUUUCCAGAAAAUACGAGUACACCUUACACAAGUGGUGGGUUUUAAAUAGCUUAGUCGUAUUUCUUAAUAAACCUGAAGAUGUAGAAGCGGUUCUCACUAAUCCUAAUCUGUUCCAAAAAGGUAGAGUUUAUAAUGUGUUAAGCGAAUCAAUUAUGGGCGAUGGAAUAUUUACAAACAGGAUGUUUCAUGAAUGGAAAAUGAACAGAAAAUUGGUAUCUUCGGGGUUUAAGUUUUCGAUGCUUAAAUCGUUCGUACCAAUAUUUUACGAGGAAGCAAAAUUCUUAAGCCAUGUGUUGUACGAGAAACGGGAAAAUAAUACAAAUGAAUGUGAAAUAAGCUGGGCAAUCGGUAUGGCGACAAUGGAGAUGAUCGGAAGAACCGCUUUGGGUGUAAAAUUAAAUGCACAGAAAAACGCAAAGCAUGUAUUUGUGGAGAAUUUACAUGUCAUACUAAAGGUUUGGGAAUACCGAAUAACACACCCGUGGUUUUGGAACAAAAGUCUAUUUCAGUUUUCUUCGCUUAAACGUAAACAUGACAUAAGUCAAAGUAAAAUUUUUAAUUUCAUCGACGAUUUAGUUCAGAGAAAAAAUACAGAAUUGAAGAACAAUAUAAACAAUCAGGAAGAAUAUAACGAUGAAUGUAUUGGCCUUAAAUCUAAAUCGUUUAUUGAGAUAAUGCUCGAGAAUGAAAAUCAGUUGACAUUUAACCAAUUACGGGAUGAAAUAAUUACUGUUAUAAUUGGAGGUCAAGACACAACAGCUAUGACGAACGCAUGUAUAAUAUUUAUGUUGGCUCAUCAUCAGGAUGUACAAAAUAAAGUGUUGGAAGAGUUAUUGACAAUAUUUUCUUCUGGCGAUCCCGAUCGACAACCUACCUAUGAUGAUUUACAAAACAUGGAAUACUUGGAACGUGUAAUCAAAGAAACUAUGCGACAUUUCCCCCCCCUCCCAUUAUUUGGCAGAAACGUAGAAAAGGAAACAAUGAUUGGAGGCUAUUUAAUCCCUGCAGGGUCAACGUUCCUAAUUUUCCCUGCUCUGUUACACUUUAAUGCGCAAAUCUAUCCCGAUCCGGAGAAAUUCAACCCGGACAACUUCUUGCCCGAAGCAUGUCGCAGUCGCCAUCCGUAUUCGUUUCUUCCUUUUAGUGCUGGUUAUAGGAAUUGCCCCGGUUACAAAUAUGCAAUGCUUCAAAUGAAAACAGUCAUCUCAACUCUGAUCCGGUCUUAUCGUUUUCAUCCGUCGGAUAAGUGUCCUAAACCAGAAAAUCUUCGUGUAAUGUUUUCAACGACACUAAAAUUUGUCGACGGGUGUUACGUUAAAAUAGAAGCGAGACCGUAAUCAAUUAUUGAAGCAGAUUUUAGAACCAAAAUU